AUGUUCUUCGUGUCUUCUUUUACAUUGUGGGUUCUCCUUUUAAACCCUCCUCCUCCUCCUCCUCCAGUAGCAGGUAGUAUUGCAGGACGGAAAGGCCCAGGCAAGCAGAGCUCUUUGGCCUUCUUACAGAAUCGACAGCUUGACCUCCAGAAUCCCUGUACAUCGAGGGAUCCUAGCAGAGGCGUGGUUAGGGGUAUUCUGCCUCUAGAGCUGAGAGAUUUGCAGAACGGCAAACCUGUUGGCAGCCUGAUCUUGGGUCCUGAUGGGGAGAUCAUUCAACUCUCGCUGUACAAUCACAACCAUGACCAUGACACUCAGGAGCAAGCUCUCCAGGUUUUAUCUGCAGAAGGAGAGAAGUUACCCUUGGUCAUUGUGCUGCAGGCUGAAAAGACACAUACAGGUGGAGAGUUAGAGCCAAACACAGAUGUUCCUGAUGGUGACAUUCAGCACCAUCAAGCCAUACACAAGCUUGUAGAAUUUCACACAUUGACCGAGAUCAAUGCAUGCUCACCCAGCAGCCAGAAAGACCCAGAGGCUGUGACGGAGACAAAAACAAAGACUUCAGAGGCAGUGGCAUGGACAAAAGGGAUUAAAAACAACGUUACCAUACCUCCACUGAAGGAGCAGGUGGGGAAGGAGGAGCCAAGAGAAGGCAACACCGAGCAGGGCAGCAUCCAUGGAUCACAUCAACCAGGCAAGCAGAACAUCAACCCAAAUGAAGCAACAACAGAGCUCACUGGGGACAAAAGGAGGACGAAUACUAAGAUGAAGGACGCUGGGGAAGCUGCAGCAACAACAAGGAAAAGGGAGAUGAAACCAGGGAAAAGUGAAGCAUCAGAUGGACUGAAGACAUCGAGGGCGAGGACGGAAGGAGGACAGCAGAGGCAAAAGACGAAAAGUGAUGCUGAAUCGAUAAGGAGGCGGACAGAGAAGGAGAGGACUAACAGAGAAGAGGCAGACACUCAGCACCAUUCUACUCUACCAUCCGUAGGAAGAAGGAUGCCAGACAAAGGAGGAGGGAGAGGAGAAGAGAAGACGAAUGAAAAGAAAAAAGAGCGAGGAGAAGUGGCGAGACAAAAGAACGAGUCUGCCGUAAGGAGGAAGAGGAGAGGGAGGCUGAAAGACAAAGAGUUGGCUGAAAUCAAUGAGGAGCCCAUGAAGAAAGAGGAGGAGGAAAUAAACCAGAACAUUAAAAAGGCUUCUCACCUAAAAUCGACCGAGAGGCCCUCUGCAACACAAAGACACAAUACCAAAACCCAUUUAGAGGAAGAAAAAGAGCAUGUUAACAUCAACGCGGACAAACACAGCCAAUCAGAGAGCUCGCUCAGGUCCACUGCAUCCCCGUUCAGCCCGAAGAGCCUGAAGAGGUCUUCUGCCUCUUUCUGUGAGGGUGUGGAGCAUGCCAGUGCUACGGGUCUCGCUCCAUCACGUGGCUGCUUGUCUUCAUGUUCAACCGUCAUGAUAACAGAGGAAGAGUUGAUGCUGAACCCGAUAAAGCAAGAGUCCUCCAGGCCUAGAAAUGGCCUGGAGGAGGAAGAGGUGGCAGCUGUGCGUCUUGCCAAGCGAGCGGAGAGACGGAGGCAGGAUGUGGAGAGGAAAAGGAGGGAGCGGGAGGAAGAGGAGUUAAAACAGCAGAAGAGGGAGGAGACAGAGGAGAGGAUGAAGAGUGAGCUGGAUAAAGAGAGGAGGAAGAGGGCUGAAGAGCUCAGACUGAGGAAGCUGGCAGAGGAGGAAGAGAGGAGGAAGCACGAGGAAGAGGAGCAGGAGCGAGUGAAACGGGAACAAGCACAACGAGAAAGAGAGAAGAGGAGGCAGGAGGAGAGGAGGCGGCAGAUGGAGCGACUUCAGAGGAUGAGAGAGGAGGAGGAACAGAGGAGGAAAGCUGAGCUCGAGCGUCUGCGCCUGGAGGAGGAGAGGCAGCAGGAAGAGGAGAGGAAGAAGCUUCUGGAGAUGGAAGAGAGUGAGAGGAUAGAGUACCUCUGCAGGAAGGAGCAGGAGGAGGAGAGCAGGAGACACGAAGAAGAGCAGCGUAAAAGGAAAGAGGAGGAGGCCACCUUACAGGCCGCAGAGGAAGCAAGGCUGCAGGCAGAGCAACUUGCAAGAGAGAUGGCGCUGUUGCAGCAGCAGUUGGCCGUUCAAAGGCGUCUGUUGUUGGAGGCUGGAGGUCUGGAGAAAACGCAGGGUAUAUCUAGACCGUGGAUCUACUCUUACUUCACUUUGUUAUAGUUACUGGGUGUAAAUCCAACUAGCUGAGACCAUAACCCCUGACUUUUAACCUCUAUUUGAGAUCAUUCCUUAAAUGGUUCAAUGAUUAUGAGAAUUCAAGUUAAUAGAGGACAUCAAAAGAUGGAGGUCAGGCAUCUCCGAAUCAACACUCCUCUGUUGCUUUAAAGAAUAUACCAUUGUCCAUUUGUCAAAGACAAUACCUGAUUUCCUCUUUUGAUAUUUUCUAUGUUUCUAUAAAAUAAAACUAUUUUAAAUAUUGCGGCUGUCCUUGUUUUAUGCAUGUCUGAUAAUUUACAAUUCAAGACCAGGUCAAACUUUUGACAGAUUUAGAAUAAAAGCAGUCAAGGAUAAAACUAAAUCUCAGUAGCAGGAAUAAAAGCGCUGAUUGUUUUCUAUGAAAGCUUUUAAACACAGAGCAACAUAAGUGUUUGUAGAAUAUAGACAUUUUAUUUUAUUUAGUUUUUCUCUUACCUUCAUUUAUCAUAUUUUAAAUGUGGCUUUUAAUUUGGGUUAAUCUGAGUGGUAUCAUCGUUCAUGUUCUAUGGUUUUGUGAUCAACUCUUUCUGUUGUUUUUUAUAACUUGUUUUCAAUCAUGUUCCUCAAUCUCUAUUUGUAUUCAUUGUUAUUGUAUGUAUCUUGUCUUGCUC